GCCACUCGUUGCCUUAUCCUCACAAGGAACCCUGAUCUCUUUCGUGAAAUUUCCAUUUUCUUCUCCAUUGAAUAACGGGGAUCUGGGCCUGGCCGGAUAUCUGCAAUAUUUCCCUCCUGUCCAACUAAUUUAAUAACUACUCUGUGUCCAGUUUGAGGUGAGCAAUCGCAGUUCUGAUGUCCGGAAGCUCUUUUCGGUCAUAAGAGAAGGUAGCAACAACAUUAUGUAUAAAACAAGUUAUGAACAAAGCAAAAAACUCAUCAAAGUAGGUUGGUUAAGAGCCGAAAAUACGGCAGCCUUCCCCUCCAGCGCCACCAUCAAACAAGAAGUAACCAGUGACUUGCUCAAUACGGAAGUGGUCAGUUGACACAGAUGCUAAGCUACAGGUCUAUUUUGCUAGCACAGACCGGAAAAUGUUCUGGGAAUCUUCUGAUGGCAUUGACGAGUACACAACAUCUGUCACUGGCUUCAUCAAUAAGUGCAUCGAUGAUGUAGUCCCCACAGUUACUGUACGUACAUAGCACAACCAGAAGCCAUGGAUUACAGGCAACAUCCGCACUGAGCUAAAGGGUAGAGCUGCCGCUUUUAAGGAGCGGGACUCUAACCCAAAUGCUUAUAAGAAUUCCCACUAUGCUCUUCACUAUGUCCUCCGACUGCCCUUAAAUAGGCAAAGCGCCAAUACAGGACUAAGAUUGAAUCGUACAACACUGGCUCUGACGCUCGUUGGAUGUGGUAGGGCUUGCAAACUAUUAAUGACUACAACGGGAAGCACAGCCGUAAGCUGCCCAGUGACACGAGCCUACCAGGUGAGCACAAUUACUUCUAUGCUCGCUUCGAGGCAAGCAACACUGAAGCCUGCAUGAGAACAUCAGCUGUUUAGGACGACUGUGUGAUCUCGCUCUCCAUAGCCGAUGGGAGUAAGAGCUUUAAACAGGUCAACAUACACAAGGCAGCAGGGCCAGACGGAUUAACGGGACAUGUACUCCGAGCAUGCGCUGACCAACUGGCAAGUGUCUUCGCUGACAUUUUCAACCUCUCCUGAACGAGUCUGUAAAAGCAACAUGUUUCAAGCAGACCACCAUAGUCCCUGCUCAAGAACACUAAGGUAACCUGCCUAAAUUACUACCAACCCGUAGCACUCACGUCUGUAGCAAUGAAAUGCUUUGAAAGGCUGGUCAUGGCUCAGCGUUCAACACCAUAGUGCCCUGAAAGCUCAUCACUAAGCUAAGGACCCUGGGACUAAACACCACCCUCUGAUACUGGAUCAUGGUUGUGUGCUUAGUCCCCCCCCCCCUAUACUCUCUGUUCACCCAUGGCCAAGCACGACUUCAACACCAUCAUUAUUAAGUUUGACAACGAUGAGACAGCCUAUAGAGAGGAGGUCAGAGACAAUGGCCGUGUGGUGCCAGGACAACAACCUCUCCUUCAACGUGAUCAAGACAAAGAAGAUGAUUGUGAACUACAGGAAAAGGAUGACCGAGGGUUGUAGUGGAGCAGGUUGAGAGCUUCAAGUUCCUUGGUGUCCACAUCACCAAAAACUAUCAUUGUUCAAACAUACCAAGACAGUCAUGAAGAGGGCAUGACAAUGCCUAAUACCCAUCAGGAGACUGAAAAGAUUUGGCAAGGGUCCUCAGAUCCUCAAAAGGUUCUACAGCUGCACCAUUGACAGCAUCCUGACUGGUUACAUUACCGCCUGGUAUGGCAACUUCUCUGCCUCCGUCCGCAAAGCACUACAGAGGUUAGUCCAUACGGCCCAGUACAUCACUGGGGCCAAGCUUCCUGCCAUCCAAGACCUCUACACCAGGCGUGUCAGAGGAAAGCCCAUAAAUUUGUCAGAGACUCUGCUUUUCUCUGCUACCACACAUUAAGUGGUACCGGAGCGCCAAGUCUUGGACCAAAAGGCUCCUCAACAGCUGCUACCCCCAAGCCAUAAGACUCCUGAACAGCUGAUCAAAUGGCUCCCCGGACUAUUUUACGCUGCUGCUCGUCACUGUUUAUUAUCUAUGCAUAGUCACUUUACCUCUACCUACAUGUACAUAUUACCUCAAUUACCUCGACUAACCUGUGCCCCCGCUCAUUGACUCUGCACUGGUACCCCCUGUAUAUAGCCUCGCUACUGUUAUUUUAUUGUUUCUCUUUAAUUAUUUGUUAUUUUUCUAUUUUCAUCUUUAUAUUUAACUUAAAGUAAAUACUUUCUUCACACUUAUUUUUCUAAAACUGUAUUGUUGGUUAAGGGCUUGUAAGUAAGUAUUUCACUAUAAGGUCUAGACCAGCGGAGAUGGGUGAAUUGAAACAUUGAGGAGGAUGGGAGACAACAAAGUGUGUUUCAAGUGGGUGAGAUGCUCAGGCUGUGUCAAAGACCAAGUAUUUUAACCUAAAGCAUUUAAUAAAGACAUUUAUAGUACAAUAUUAUGGGGAAUAGGAAUGAGAGGGCUACUUACACAGUGUUGGACAGAGAUCACAGCAGGGAUUUAAUGAGGGUAUGAUGCAUGAGUUGAGGUGUUCAGAGGCUUGACCAGUACAGGACAGGAUUUGACUGGGAAAACAAAAAACAAUAACACACUACAGAGUUAGACAAAAGAGCUAAGAAUGAGUUAGUCCAAGCAAGGAGUAAAAUCAUUGAUGUUUAAUAAUGUGAUUGUUUUUGUGUAUGUGAUUGACUCUACAUACAAUAAUGAGCUAAAAUUGAUAAGGCUACUCAAAGUGCUUGCAGAGGAAACAUUCAAUGUGCCAGUGGAUGAGCUGGCACGUGAGACAUGGUUUAAAUUCAGGUAAUGAGAGAGUUGACAAUGGUAGUGGAGUGGUCAUCGCCUCUUAAUCAAGGAACAGGAAGGGACUUGGCUGUUAAUGAAAUAGCGGAUACAUUCCAUUUUAGCUAUGCCAUCAUAGGUUUGGACAACAAAUUUCUCUAUGAAGUCAAACACAGCCUGAGCAUCUCACCCACUUCAAAGUAGGCCAAGAAACGUUCCUGAAUAAAGCCCUGAUUAUCCACAUACCUGACGAUAACAGACAACUGCAAGCAGACUGGUGGCACCAUAGGUCCCAGAGUGGUGGGGCAAUUUUUACCCCCUAGGUCCUGGAGUUGUUCCUUAUAAGUUAACCUAACUAGGAAAACUCUGAACCCUUUAAGGUAUGACAGUGAUUAAUCAGUUGUAAAAAGGUUUCAUAUGGGCUGUGAUGGGACCAGUUUUUCCUAAUCAGGUCACAUGGUUUUAAAAAACUCCUGAACCUGGGGCGAUGAAAGCCCUGUCAAACUGCAGCUUCCGUAUAUUUGUUCAUAUAAAUUAUAUUUAGACCGGAUUAGGAGGGGGAUUUCCUCUACCCAGACACAUAGACAACAGAACUCACAGGGCUGAGCUUGCUUAAUGCAUGUUUGCAUCAUGCAGGCCUAUGCAACUGUUGGCCUUAUAAAACAUUUACUCACAUCUGUCAUCACGAUUAUGUUGACUGAUUAAUUUUGGAUUGAAAACAUAUAGGCAGCAAGCCCAAUUUUGAAUAUAAACUACAUUUGAUCACAUUCACAUUUUCCUGACACAGAAAUGGACUAUAAAUACUUAACGUUACCAAUUAGUUUACCCUGACCUGAUGGAACGUUAUGCAGCUGCUCUUAUUAGUAGCCUACAGUUGAUCAGACUGAAAAAUAGUCUAAAUGUCAUCCCAUACAGCAUGUCAGAUUUCUGAUGUUUAGGUGUAGAGUUUUUGCUUGGGUCUGUCCGGAGUGAUUAUGUGUUAUCUUAGCUAAAUAAAUACUGGAGGAAAGUGGAAAGCCUACUUAAGCAAACGUGAAAAUGUGCGCUGCGUCAACCUCUCGCUUUAAUCCACAUUUUCAUGCAUGAUGCGAUGGACGCAAUCAAAUCAUUCAGAAAAGACAGUCACAAGUUCAAUAUGUGGGCAUUCAUACGCUCCCUGCUUUUGUUUUGCCAUUUAGCUGAACAAACUAUGUUCUUCAGGUCACUAUACACACACCUUUCGACCAUGGCUCAGACUUUCCAAAAAGCAGACAAGGCCAGCAAUACAGGUGGCUUGAUGAAAGGCUCCCUGUUAACCAGCUUUACUAUUGAUACCAGUUGAUAUUGAACACCCUCAACUUUUCAUCCUUCUUCAUGAAACUGAUCUCAGGCAGAGGUCGACCCUCCAGUGUUGCCAACUCAUUUUCAGGCCAUGGAGUGCCAGGUGGAGGAGCUGAGGCAGCAGCUGGAGAAACAGACCCUAGUCAACCAGGAGCUGCAGAACCACAACAAGGACCUGGAAAGAAGACUGCAGGAGACGGAGAAGUUGCUGCAGGAGCUUCAGAGUCAUUACCAUGACCUGGACUUCCCUGAUCAGAGGAUCAGUAAUGAAGGGGGACUUGUGGUCAGGAAGAGCAGAGUGGCUGUCAUGGCCCCUGAGCCAAUCCCAGAGGAUCAGCAGGAGAUCAUAAAGACUAAAGUCAAGAAGACCGUCAGUGAGACGAGUCUGAUCAUCAAGGCCAUCCAGAAGAAUGACUUCCUGAGUCGCCUUGACGAUGAGCAGAUAACCAUGAUGGUGGAGCUCCUGGUGGCCAUCGACUUCAAACCAGGAAAUGAUGUAAUCAAGGAGGGCACUGAGGGAGACAGCAUGUACAUCGUAGCAGCGGGUGAGCUCCUUGUCAGUCAAGCAGAUUGUAACCUUCGAACCCUGACCUGUGGGGAUGUUUUUGGAGAGUUGGCUAUUCUGUAUAACUGCAAACGCACAGCCACAGUCAAAGCCAAGACAGUGGUGCGUCUGUGGUUUAUGGAGAGACAGAUGUAUAGAACCAUCAUGACCAACAAGUCCAAGAAGAAACGUGAACAGCUAAUGGGCUUCCUAAAAACGUCUCGGACUCUGAAGGCCCUAAAUGACAGUCAGCUCUCUAAGAUAAUUGACUCCAUGGAGGAGGUGAAGUACCAGAACAAUGAUGUCAUUGUGCGUGAGGGGGCGGAGGGCAACACGUUCUACAUCAUUCUCAAAGGAGAGGUCAAGGUGACUAAGAAGUUGAAUGGGCAGGAGAAACAGAUUCGCAAGAUGGGCAAAGGGGAGCAUUUCGGGGAAUUGGCCCUGAUACGUGAAAUCCUGAGGACUGCAACAUGUACUGCUGUUGGCCCUGUGACCUGCUUCUCCAUCGAUAAGGAGGUGUUUGAGGAGACGAUCCCCAUUGAACACCUGGAGCUCCAUGAUGACAUCAGCUCUAUGGUUUUGGAGGAGCCAGAUGCUCCAGAGAAGACCAGUCCUAGUUCCUAUCUGAGACUGAAGGACCUGAUCCCCGUACUGUACCAGGAGGGGCGUUACCAGGGAGAACCUGUCACUCUCGGAGUGGGAGGGUUUGGUCGCGUUGAACUGGUGACCACUCUGCAUCAUGGAAAGUACUUUGCCAUGAAGCGGGUCAGUAAGAAACACAUUGUUGCCAAGCGACAGGAGGAGCACGUCCUGUUUGAGAAGAGGAUCCUCAAAGCCAUCAAGAGUGACUUCAUUGUCAGGCUCCAUUCUGCCUUCAAAGACACUCGCUACAUCUACAUGAUUAUGGAGUUCUGUGUAGGAGGGGAGAUCUGGACCAAGCUCAAAGAAGUUGGACGAUUUGAUGAGCCCAUUGCUGUAUUCUGCGCUGCCUGUGUAGUGGAGGCCUACGCCUACCUCCAUAAAAAGGGCAUCAUGUACAGAGACCUCAAGCCUGAGAAUUUGAUGCUGGAUGCCAAGGGCUAUGUUAAACUGGUGGACUUUGGCUUUGCUAAGGAGUUAGUGCACGGUAAUAAGACCUACUCAUUCUGUGGUACUCCGGAAUACAUGGCCCCAGAAAUCAUCCAGAACCAGGGACAUGACUUUGCUGCUGACUUCUGGUCCCUGGGCAUCCUAGUCUAUGAGCUGCUGGUGGGGAGCCCUCCAUUCUCCAGUUCUGAGCCCGCGAAGAUCUACCCUAAAAUUUUGGACGGGGUGCUCAAGUUCCCACCUUAUAUGGGCGAGGGGGCCAAGUCCCUCAUCAGUAAACUGUGCAGGCCUCGACCGGGUCAGAGACUGGGAAACACCAAGAAUGGGAUUAAAGAUGUACGCCACCACAGGUGGUUCAGCAGUAUGAACUGGCACAAGCUGCGUGUGGGCCAGGUGGAGGCUCCUACAAUCAGACUCAUACGUAAGGGUCCGUGCUACAUCAACUUUGAUCGCUUCCCCUUCGACCAGGCUCUGGCUGAUGAGGAGUUCUCCGGCUGGGACAAAAACCUCUGACUUGAACCAGAACCUGAACCAGUCCAAGUGAGUCAGAGUUCAGAGGUCACGGGUUCACUGAUAGAUUUACCCAGAUCUUCUUGGUGACAUUGGUUUACCCCUUACCUUUAAGACUCUGAACGCAAUGUAGGGGUAGGGACACGUGUGCUCAUUGAAAGCUGUAUGUGUGUGUUGUGCCCAAAAGAAAGAUUAAUUCAUUUUUAAAAAGUUUGGAUGUAAUGUCUCAUGCUGGACAAAGAUAUGGUUUUACAGUUGACCCUCAUUGUACUUUGUAAUUUAGGAUGCCAUUAUUGUUAGUCUUUGUUGCUUGUAACAUAUACUGUCUGUAUAGAAUACUCAAUGUAUGUGUUUCACAUUAAAAUAAAUGUAUACGUCACCAAUGACCCUUAAAUGUAUACAUAGAGGAGAAAAGGUGCUUCAGUACAUGUCAACACUGCUGGGUGGAGGCUGAACAGGAAUGCAGUCUGUUCUAAAUGGAAUCCUAUACUGUGGUUUGGUACAGAGCACAGGUUUGGUAUCACGUCAAGUACUAUAUAGUAUUUGAACAUCAUUACACACUUCCUCAGUGUCUGUUAGCUUGACUUAAGCUAUUUUACUUGACUGUGGUGAAUCAAUCAAGUCAUCAGACCUCUAAUGACAAAUAACUCUUAUCAGGAGGGAAUAACAAACAACAAAUCAAUAUGCCUAAUCUGUGAUGGUGGUCUGAAGUACAUCUGAUUUAUAUUGGAUUAAAAAGGAACUGGAUGAUUGAUCAACGUGUUUGGUACAAGGGGAGUACAAAUUGCCAUUGACAAUACUACUAUUAUGAUUAAUAAUAUUUUGUAUAUGCUGCCAAGGACAGCUUCCAGUGUUUGUUACUACUGUUUUUCAUUUGUGUAAAUCUUCCAGGCCAUCUUUGUAUACUGAACAAAAUAUAAAUGAAACAGUGUUGGUUUCAUGUUUCAUGAACUGAAAUAAAAGAUCCCAGACAUUUUCAAUACA